CCAUGAAGGAUCGGACAUGGUCGAGUGAAAAUGGCCACGUGCACACGGUGUUGGGGGAGCCCGAGCAAGACCAAAUUCGCCAGCUGUUUAUGAACAACCACUUGAGCGACGUCGUUCUUCACUUCCCAGCGCCAGACAACUCGAGGUCGUCGCACCACGAGCUCUACGAUGGCGCUUCGACCUCCACAAGUCUGCCUGCCCAUCGACUUCUCCUUUCCCUUCGAUCCGGCGCAUUUCGGACAGCAUUCCGAGAGAGCUCUACCAGCUAUACAAGUACAGUGCUGGGCGACAAACGACUCCGACUGCCACUGAAGAUGGUCAUCCAGGACACGCCCUACGUCAUUUUCAAAGAGCUGCUGCGGUACAUCUACACAGGCACGUUGCAACCACCGCCUGUGACCCCAACUGCCAAUCACGAGGGUGUUGACACGUCGAAAUCGUUAUGCACGUUUUGGCUGGAGCUGGUUAAGGCUGCCACUCGAUACGAUGUCCCGGCGCUAUUGGUGCUGUGCAUCGAAGAAAUCGAAACGCUGCUAGUCCACUGCCAGAACCAAAUCAUGGAUAUCAUUUACUUUGUCGACUCGGCCAGCAAAACCUCGCAAUCCACACCAACUACCGACGCUGUGGGGCUAGCCAAACAUCGUCUCAUGGCGCUAUGUAUGUCCACGAUCAUGGCGAUGCCUGAUGCGCAAAUGCAAGCACUCAUGCAAGCCAACCAAUGCUCCACCGACCGCCUCCUUCAAAUCUACCGCGACCGGACCAACGUUCCAUUGGUGUUAGCUGUCCAGCACCAAAACUUCCGCGUCGUCGACGCCCUUCUCGACGGGCCGUCUCGAGAGGAGGCGUUGCGACUGCCAGACGACCAGGGGGUGCUGCCAUUCGUCGCGGCUUUGAAUUCGGCCAACGACGCGAUCAUCCGCCGGGUUUUGGUGCCCGCGAGCUUGUCGUGGGUGACCCUGACCAGCUCUGUGAGCGUAUGGUUCCUUCUCGCGUGUGCCAGCGGCAACGUCUUGCACUGCCAGAUCCUGGCCGACAUGCAUCACGCGGACGUGAACGAGAUUUCGGUGGUGGAGUCGAGCGACGAGUUUGGCAAAGGCCAGACGCCCCUGCACAUUGCAAGCCGAUUCGGACAUGUGAGUAUUGUGCAGUACUUGCUGUCGCUGCAUGCUGUGCCAAACUUCCAAGACGAGGAAGGCAACACCCCCCUGCAUUAUGCUAGCAACGAGCUGAUCGCCGAGGUAUUUUUGGCACACAACGGCAAGUGCAAUCCCAACAUUCCAAACAAUCGAGGCCAAGUGCCACUCCAUCUUGCGGCCAUGAGAGGGGACAUUGGGGUCGUGAGCCUCUUGGUGCACCAUGGCGCCGACAUUACGGCCGUGGACGAAGAAGGCCAAACGGCAUUUCACGUGGCAGCAGCGAAUGGGUACGCGAGUGUGGUGCUCGUGCUGUUGAAAAUGAGCGAAGAUCGAGCGAUGGAGUCCAAAGAUAUCGCUGCUGCAGACGACACGUCGGAACCUCAGCGGGAGCUCGACACCGACCAGCCCGCGUUCAGCAUUGACGCCGACGACUACAAGAGCAACACGGCGCUCCACUUGGCGGCCAUGGCACCCCAAGGACGAGUGGACAAGAUCCUGCAAGUUUUGCUGGAAAACGGAGCCGACCCAAACCGACCCAACUGGUUUGGUACUGUGCUACUAGGUAUACGCCGCUGCAUUUGUUUUGCGCCCACCACGACGGCCCACCUUCCGUCGUCGACAUGUUUAUUGAACAUGGAACGAACAUCCAAGUGCAAGGUCUAGACGGCAGCACGCCGUUGCACUUGGCCGUGGGAAAGGCCAGCGAAGCCAUCUCCAUCGCGCUGGUUCGUGCGGGUGCCCCGGUGUACGUCCAAGAUGUGGCAGGACGAAGUGUGGUGAAUUUGGCGGAAAGCACGUCCCAGGGCGUGAUGGUGGUGCCCCUGCUCCUGAACGUCCGGACGCCGCCCCCAUGGGUGACGGACGACACGGUCCUCGAGUGCUUGAGUUGUGGGGAAGGGUUCGGCAUGGCCACACGGAAGCAUCACUGCCGCCAUUGCGGUCGCAUCGUGUGUGCAACUUGCUCGACGAAUCGGAUUCCGUUGCCGAAAUUCGACCAGGUCCCUGCCGCCCGAGUAUGCGACAUUUGCUUUGACGUGCUUUCGUUUCGAAAGCUCAUGUAACCUCACACACUACUUGUUCGCCAUAACGUUACUAUAUAUAUAUCGUUGAGAUACAUAUUCCAGC